AUGCAUUUUACGUUCCGUGACCCCGCCGAGAACGGCACUGCGGAGAGAAAUACGCUUUAUCGCCAUCGCGACGUGGCGAUGGCAUCCGAAGAUGUCGUUGAAUGUGUCAUGGUGAUCUAUAGAGAACAACGAUGUGUGCUUAGGAAAUUGAGCAAGAUUAAGGAGGCGGAAGGUCAUUACAUUCAACAGCCCUUCUUCCACGACCUAUCGUUGACCCCAUCCAUCGUGAAUAUAACACCUGCUGCAGCUCAUCUCGUGCAUAAGGAACUGGGUAACUGGCUGGGCUGA